GCUUGUUCAAUCAACGAUACAACCUCCACACAGUAUACAGAACAUUAAUUAGCCUGUAUUGUAAGGGCCUAGCUUCAAACCCCGUAUUACACGAGCGAAUGUUAUGGAGACCUCAGCUUUAACUCUAUCCUCUGGCCAACAUUUGCAUGAGUAAUUGUUCCAAUUCAUUUUUCUUUUCACCACCUGCUCGCUUUAGAUCUUAUUCAUCCUGUCCCCGCAAGCAAUUUCUACAAGAAAUAACUACGAAACAAUGCGUUGUAGCUAAUAGCUUUUCCAAGGGCGUAUUUCGAAUACUCGGAGAGUCUAAAUGAUCGACACAUACGUUUACUCGAUCUUAAAUUCGGUCAUGACGACGAAAUUAUCUCACUUGGAAUCGAAAAGUACAGAAUUGACGACCAUCCGCCAUACAUCGCACUCUCUUACACAUGGGGAGAUGCAAACGACACAUUAAAUCUGUUAUGCAACGGGAGAAUCAUCGCAGUGACCCGAAAUCUUCACGAGGCUCUAUGGCAAUUUCGAGAGAAUCGUAAAAGAUUAGCCAGACUCAAGCCCUAUACAAGGUCCCGUAAUCAACCCCUUCACUUCUGGGUCGAUGCUAUCUGCAUCAACCAGGGAAAGAAUGAAGAAAAGAGCGUUCAAGUGGGUUUGAUGAGAGAAAUUUAUCAACGGGCUAAUCAUGUCUUCGUGUGGUUAGGACCAGCAGACAAGAGUAGUGACGUAGCCAUCCGC